AGCCUGGGGGGCGAGGGCCGCCGCUCCACCUGGCCGCGCGAGGCAAGAACGAAGAGCGGAACUGGGCCGCCGUGGCCGACGGCCGUGGGUGAACAGGGGGGCCCGCGUGAGCCACCGCCGAGCUACACCUGGAAGGCGGCCCCCGCAGGGAACCCUCCCGGGGCGCGGACGGGCGCGGCGGCGGGGAUUCCAGAAUCACGCGGCUCGCGUAAGGCUAAAGAAUGAAAGAAGUAGAUAAUCUUGAAAGUAUAAAAGAAGAAUGGGUUUGUGAAACAGGAUCUGACAACCAACCUCUUAGUGAUGAUCGACAAAGAAAUUGUGAAUAUUUUGUUGACAGCCUUUUUGAGGAAGCUGAGAAGGUUGGUGCCAAAUGUAUGUCUCCCACCGAACAGAAGAAACAGGUUGAUGUAAGUAUAAAAUUAUGGAAAAAUGGAUUCACAGUCAAUGAUGAUUUCAGAAGUUACACUGAUGGUGCAAGUCAGCAGUUUUUGAACUCUGUCAAAAAAGGGGAAUUACCUUUGGAAUUACAGGGAAUUUUUGAUAAAGAGGAGGUGGAUGUUAAAGUUGAAGACAAAAAAAAUGAAGUAUGUAUGUCCACGAAGCCUGUGUUCCAGCCCUUCUCAGGGCAAGGUCACAGACUGGGAAGUGCCACACCAAAAAUUGUUUCUAAGUCAAAGAGUAUUGAAGUUGAGAAUAAAAAUAAUUUGUCUGUUGUUCAACUAAACAACCUGGAACCCAUCACUAAUGUACAGAUCUGGUUAGCCAAUGGAAAAAGGAUUGUCCAAAAAUUUAACAUUUCUCAUAGGAUAAGCCACAUCAAAGACUUCAUCGAAAAAUACCAAGGAUCUCAAAGAAGCCCUCCCUUUUCCCUGGCCACAGCUCUUCCUUUCCUCAAAUUGCUAGAUGAAACACUCACAUUGGAAGAAGCAGAUUUACAGAAUGCUGUAAUCAUUCAGAGACUCCAAAAAACUGCUGAACCUUUUAGAGAACUUUCAUAACAUUGAUUUUUGAUACACUAAGUGGAAAGUUUGCAGAGAAUGAUGGUUGUUAAUGAACAUGCAAACCAAAAUGAGGGAAAGGAUGUCAGAUUUGCUGGACUUUGGGUUCGAGCACUGUUUAACUCCCUCCUGAUGAGAAGAUUUUUAAAUCAGUACAAGUUAGGAAAGUGAACUAUGACUGGAAACUCUAUUCAAUGCACUUUUUCCAAAAGGCUACUCAGAAAGAAAGCUACACUUAUUUCAAAUACCAGUUAAUUCAACAAUAAGAUAUAUUAAAUUGCUGUAUCGUAUAGAAUCUUAACAUGGUAUAAAUUAGCCAGUGUAUUCACAGCAUCAUUCAUUCAAAUAUUCCCAACCAGCAGUGAUUUAUUUAGAUGUUAGCUGUCUCAGAUUUUUUAAAAGCAAUAUAUUAAGAAAAUUAUACAUGGCAGGUUAAAAACAUCAAUGUAAUUAUUUUAUAUCUGAGAUACAGUCAGAAGGCUAGAAGGAACUGCUUUCACCACAGCUAUGCCUGAAUAUCAGUGUUCUCUAUUAUUCACUUAUGGCAGGAUUUACUCAUAUUAAUUUGGCAUAAUACCUAAAAUGUAUUUUAAGAAUAAAAUUGUGCAGCUUAGUAUAAUGUCAAUAUUAAUCUCCUCCCAUUUCUACAUUUUCAAGAAGUGUAAUUUAAACAAUUUUUUUUUUAUCCAGGAACCCUAGUUCAUCCCUUAUUUUAUUUUAUUUUGAAAAUUAGGUAUUUGUUUUUAGCUAACAUUUUAAGUAAACCUUUCAUUUGCUACCACUUGCUUAGAAUCUAAUGCUUGUGUUGGCACAUUGCUAAUUAAUAUUUUUUAAAUGCAUCACAUAAAGUAUGGUUUUCUAUUCCAAAUACCAGAGUCAACCUGGAUAUACAUUAAAGGAUUAUUUAUUAUAUCCUGAUGCCACCAAGGAAAACAUGUUCUGCAUUUUAGUUUUUUAACCCAAACUGGUUAAACUUCAAUAUUUCACUGUCAGAUUGAAUUCCCUUGCCUGAAAUAAGUUUAAGAAGUUUUUUCUUUUCCCUGCAAAUUAUCUAUUGAAUCUUAUGUAAAGCAAAAUAAGGAACUAAAUAGCCAUAUCUAUCAGCAGUAAUGUUCACAGGGCAGUGGGUAUCUGCUGGAAAGAGUAGUUUUCCAACUUCUUGGUCUCAAGACCUUUUAUUUAUAUGGGUUAUAUAUAUGAUACUGAAAAUAAAAAGUUAUAAAAUACUUAUUCAUUAAAAAUAGUAAGCACAUGUUAAUGCAAACCACAUUUUAAUGAAAAUGCAUUUCCUUAAAAAAUUAUUAAGAAAAGUGGAAAUUGUAUUCCAGUUUUUGCAACUAUCUUUACCGUCUGACUUAACGAAGACAGAUGGAGUCUCAUAUCUGCUUCCACAUUCAAUCUGUUGUGAUAUUACACAUCAUGUAACCUCUAGUAAAUGCUACUGUAUAUUCAUGAAAAAUUGGGAGUGUGGGAAAUAAUAAUGUCUUAGUUUGGUUAUGAAAAUAGUUUUACUUGAAAGAACCAUUCUUACAAAACAGUGGUUUACAAUGAUUCUCAAAUCUUAGUGUAAGAAUCCUUUGGAAAGCGUUUCAGAAUGUCUAUUUCAGGCAUCUACCACACACAUUCUGAUUGAUUGUAUCUGGGAUAAAUCCCAGAUCUCUGCAUUUGUAAUCUCAAGUGAGUUUUAGGUAUGUAGUAGAACCACCACUGUUCAGGGUUCACUAUGCUUCCACCCUAAAAAAGUAAGCCUGUGUGCUUCACCAUGGACAGUGGAGGACUCUCCACUGAAAUGGACUUCUGGACCUUUCAGUUUUAUCCUUUAUCUCCCACAGUUUGUUCUUAGACUGUUCCCCUUUAACUCUUAACUAAUCAUGAUACAAACCUAUCCCUCCUCUUCUCUAAGGACAGCUGAGAUGAGGCUACAACAUUUAAAUGAGGUUUUCAUUAGAAGCUCAGGAAUAAUAAGGGAAAAAUACACGUAACAGAUGACCUGGUUUAUAAAUACAUCUUCUGUUUGAGGUCCAUAUAAAGACUGCCUUCUCAUCUAGCUCUCAGCCUUCCAUAUGGUAGAGGCUUAUCAGGAAGACGAGGACAAAGGAACCUUUUUGUCAUUUACUUUCGUAAGUGAACAGAUAUAUAAUAGAAAAUACUGAGUAUGUUUACAGCUGUAGUAGAGCCUUCUCUAAUGAAACAUAAUGGCAUUCUUAAAAUGAAGGAACAGUAAAAAUCCACAAACUCAGAUAUAAAAAUAAGAUAAUUGUUAAUGUAUUUUCCAAGAGUCUGUAAGAAAAUGUUUCAUAAAGGCCUAUCAUGAAGCAUUGUGUAACUUAAUUUGCAUAAUUUUUAGUCUAUGUAAUUCUCCAUAUAUUUCUAUAAAGGGGCUUCUCAUUGGAAAUAUUUUUCUUGUACCUAUAAAAAAACCUCCUUUGUGGAUUUUCCAGUUUAUAAUUACUUAUCCCGAAGAUACAUUGGAGAUUUUCUUGUGUGUACAUGUGGAAUACACCCCAGUGAGAAAUUCCUAUGGAGAAAGACUCAUCAUCAGCAAUAACCUUCAUCUUUGUAACUGUGAACACUUUCAUUAAUGUGAAUAAUAUUCUCAAAGGCUUUCUAAAAUCGGAAUCAUCCGAUACAGCUUUCUACCUUAAAGUUCAAAAUUGUAAAGUUGUUAAAUAAAUGUGUAGAUUAUGCAAAACAUACUUAAAAUAUAAAUUGAAUUUGGCAAGGCAAGGGAAGACAAACUUGAAAAUACAGGUGUUGAAUACAAUUUGAUCUACAUAGUUCCAAAACUCGCCAGUUUCUUAAAAAUCAUUGUUAAGGCUGAUACAAGAAGUACAUUUCUAGUUUUAUAGAUUCUAAUUUAAUGGUUAAAUUACUAUGCAUUAUGCAGGUUAUAAAACUGUUCUUAUUUAUUUUAUAUACUUUUCUCAUUCAGAAUACUUUUCAUUACUUUUCGUUGUGUUGGAAAUAUAGCAUCAUGCAUCUGUUUCAGUGCCUUAUUUUUAAAAGCAAUCUUUUGCUAAUGGUUGAAGAACUGUUGUCUUAAGAAUGAAAUAUUUCAUUAAAAGGAACUGUGAAAUAAUCUACA